AUGUCCGUGAGAAGUUCCAAGGGAGGUCCAGAAAGUAGACCAUCAUCUGCCGCCAGCAUGUCUCCACGAGGGGGGAGGGGUGCAGCAGCUGGCAGAUCGCCUGCAACUGGGAGAUUCAAAAACAAGGCCCUUCAGCUCAGCCUCUCCAAGAAAUUCUGCUCAAAGUCACAGUCCCCCUCGGCCCAAGGGAAGGGCUCUGGUGAGGAGGAGACUCGUCGGCGCAGUAAAAGGAGCCUCAGCAACAGCUCAGCGGUGGCCGCUGCCUACAUCUCCUACCUCAACAAACUCUUUGGACAGGAGAGAGAGCUGAUGCCAGAGGAGUUAGAUGAGCUGCAGGAGGCCUUUAAGGAAUUUGACUACGAUGCGGAUGGCUUCAUCCAUUACAAAGACAUCGCAGACUGCAUGAGGACCAUGGGCUACAUGCCUACAGAGAUGGAACUCAUCGAGAUCAUCCAGCAAAUCAAAAUGAAAUGGGGUGGCCACGUAGACUUUGAUGAUUUCUGCGAGCUAAUGGGGCCGAGGAUGCUGGCUGAGACGGCGCACAUGGUUGGGCUGAAGGAGCUCCGCUGUGCCUUCAAACAGUUUGACUGUGAUGGUGAUGGAAAGAUCACGCUUGAUGAGCUGAAGGAGGGCAUGAAGACCCUCCUGGGGGAGAAGCUGAAGAAAGGCGAGCUGGAGGAGAUCCUCGGCGACAUUGACCUCAACAAAGAUGGCAACAUCGACUUUGAUGAGUUUGUUAUGAUGCUUUCUGCACGAUGA